AUGGGAAAUACCGCCACCAAGGAGGCAAGACCUCCCUUAUUAUCCGUUUCCAGUCGGCACAGUCAUGGUCGCGGCUCGACCAAUGCUUCAGGGGCCAGUGGAAGCCCAGGUCAGCAACAUCAUCAUUCGGAGAAUUUGAAUCCCGGUGUCUCACCGAGGCCAUUUCGUGGGAGUCGACCGGAUCUUUCUUUCCUUGGGAUCGGUCAAGGGGUUGAUAGAGAUGCUCCUGUUGAGCGAAGGGAAACAAAACAGGAAAGGGAAGCGAGACGGCUAGAAAGAGACCGUAUCGCCAGGGAUAAGGAACGAGAACGCAGCAUGAGAGAAGAACAUGUGGAUGGCGGCUAUUUGGUUACACAAGGCAUUUAUCCUGGCCCAGAGGAUUUCAACAAAGCAAUUGUACGCCAAUUAAUGAUUGAACGGCGACUUGCACCUUUUUGGAAAGGUUUAGAGGAGUUUUCAGAGUCAUGGACGGAGCAUCAACUGAUGGCUGCGGCGAGAGGGCUUCCAAUCCCGGCUCCUGAUGAAAUCCCCCCUGAAUUAGAAUAUAAACUCUGUCCACGGGCUAUAGAAGGGCAGGAUUCGCCAGAGAAGAAUCUAGCCAACUUGACGGUUCCCAUCACGUCCAGGUCGCAGUCAUACAAUUCCGAUACUUCUUCCGGCUCUCAUCCCACAUCUCCUGCCGUUCCUGUCCAACUUCAGCUCCCACCAAGUGGUUCUGGCUCAUCCAGCACACAUCUCUUCCGUGGUCGUGCUAAAACUUUGGUGUCCCUUACUGCAUCUUCCAGAGGAUCCUUACCGGCAGAGAUGGCUCCAAGGGAGAUGCAACUUCCAAAAGACCCAUUUGUUAAUGGGCAACCUAUUGAAGCGUACCUCUAUAAAAGUCCGACUGAAUGUCCUAUCUGUUUCCUCUACUAUCCCCCUUACCUCAAUAGAACGAGAUGCUGUGAUCAAACAAUGUGUUCGGAGUGUUUUGUCCAAAUCAAACGAGCUGAUCCCCAUCCCCCGGAACGGCGACGGCGCAGCCAAAAUGUACAGCCCAGUCAAACUGCAGAACCACUCUUCCAAAUCCCACACCUACAUUCUACAUCCGCACCACCUGCAACACAAAUCCCACAAAUCCCACAGCAAGACGUGCAACUGGUAUCCCAGCCGGCUGCAUGUCCUUUCUGUGUCCAGCCUGAUUUCGGUGUUACCUACUCCCCACCUCCUUUCCGAAGGGGUCUUAGCUACAUCCCCGGUCACAGUCUGAAUAAUAUUUUAACCACACCAGCAUCAUCCUCAUCGUCCGUCGCGUCUGGGAAUGCGAAUUCACCAUCCGUACCCACACGUCAUCGCGCAACUUCACUAUCUGCGAAUUCCCCUUUUGUCAUAACAACAGAUAAAAUUCGCCCGGAUUGGGCUCAGAAACUCCAAACGGCACGUGCACAGAUAGCUAGGAGAUCUGCAGCCGCAACUGCGUUGCACACAGCUGCGUAUUUAUCGCGUAAUACCAAUGAUUCUAGAGGUACGGGAAGCAAUAGAAGGCGUAUGUUCAGACGAACAACUGGUCAUGGAUCAGACAACACAACUAACCAAACUGGCUCUGUUGCUCUCUUGACUGAGCGACGGGCUUCUACUACAGGUCGCGAAAAUGAAUCUCCAGCGAAUAGUAUAAUCAAUGUAGCUCCUGCUCGCGCCAGCACGAGACGGAGUAGAAUGGACGAGCUCGAGGAGAUGAUGAUGAUGGAAGCUAUAAGAUUGAGUCUUGCGUCUGAAGAGGAGAGGAGAAGAAAGGAAGAGAAGGAAGCCAAGAGGGAGGCCAGGCGUCGAGAAAAGGAAGCUAAGAAAGCAGAGAAGUUAGCCAGGAGGACUGGUCUUGACAGCAACAAUCCUAGCUCCACGGCUUUGGACGCUGCUGGGAAUAGAGCAGAUGGCGCUGCUACCAACAAGCCGCAUCCAUCUAGUACAGCACAUGAUCCAUCGAGCUACAAAGGUAAAGGUGUUGACCGGCCCGAAACUCAGAUUGAGCCUCCCCAAAUCGAUUCCCCAUCUCCGGGCCCGUCGAGGCAAAGUGUAAAGUCCCCUGGUGAUGAUGAGCUUGGCUCUAUUUUCGGUUCUCCAUCGAAUGCCGCGGCCAAACGCUCGCAUCUCCGAUAUAUCUCAAGUGCCUCAUCUUCGGAUUCAUCUUUAGUCGAAUCUACUUCUGGUGAGCAGAUAGGAACAAGUUUCGUUCCCAAUGCCAGUAGUUCUGCUCUUGAACCCCUUCUAGGUUUCCGGAGUCUUGAUGCCGUCAUUGGCGAUGAAGAUAAAGGAAGCAGCUCUAACGAUCACCUCGAGCGCGUGAGGCCAACGGAGCCUGUGAAAUUCGAUGAUUAUGCGACUCCAUCUAUCACCAAUCCAGCGCUGGAGCAAAAGCCAGCGUCGACCCAGGAAAACACCUCGUCGAUUUCACAAGGUCCAAGCUUGAGUAAGGAUGAGAGGGAUCUUGCUGAUAAAGAGCUGCAGGCAAAUUCUGUGGAAAUUGUGCCAGAAGGCAGUAAUACUAUGGAGGCGGCAAGUUGA